UGCUCGCAGUAAAAAAGUUCAAAAACUUUGCAUUUCCGUCAGUCUUUUGUUGCUUAUCGAAGAGUAGGGAAUAUUAGUUGACGGCAAAAUGUUUAAUACACAAAUACGCCAUGUCAUGGUGAAUGGAGUAAAUUUGCCAAAUCGCUUCGAUCUCAAACAUUUACCAGUGUUUCUAGUUAAAGCCCAACAACAACUACAGCAGAGCUCUUGCCGAUCUUCUGCCAAUAAUGCGACUGUCACAGCCAAAGUUGAGUGGGAAGAAGCCAAGCCCUAUGAAGAAAUUCCCACAAUGGGCAUAUUCAGGAUUCUAAAAAAUUUCAUGCCCGGUGGAAAAUAUGCCAAAUUGGACUCUUCGGAAAUUAUGUUGGCCUUCAAGGAGGAUAUGGGCCCCAUUGCUCGCCUGAGGGGGGUAUUUGGCAGACCUGAUUUUGUGAUGACCCAUAAUCCACAUGAUUUUGAAAUAGCUUUGCGCAAUGAGGGCAUUUGGCCUAACAGACCCGGCAUGGAAUCAAUGGUCUAUCAUCGCAAUCAUGUAAGGCCGGAAAUAUUUCAGGGCAUUGAGGGUUUAUUGGGAGCGCAAGGUGAGAAAUGGGGCACCUUUAGAUCUGCUGUCAAUCCUGUCCUAAUGCAACCCAAGAAAAUUCGUUUGUAUUUUCAAAAGAUGGCACAAAUCAAUAUGGAGUUUAUAGAAAGAAUUCGUCAAAUACGUGAUCCCCAAACCCUAGAAGUCCCCCACACCUUCGAAGAGGAAAUCAAUCGCUGGACCUUGGAAUCCGUAUCCGUGGUGGCAUUGGACAAACAAUUGGGUUUGAUUACCAAAAAUCGUGAUAAUCCCAUGGCCAAGCAACUAUUUAAAGCUUUGACCGAUUUCUUUACCUAUUCCAUGGAUGUUGAAUUUAAGCCAUCCAUUUGGAAGUACUAUCAAACACCCACUUUUAAGAAACUCUUGGCAUCAUUGGACACUAUAACUGAUAUAACGAAGACAUUUAUUGACGAGGCCACUGCUCGCAUUGAAGAGGAGAGUAAAAAUGGAGCUCCAGAAAAACCAGAAAGUGAGAAAAGUGUUUUGGAGAAAUUAAUCAAAAUUGAUAAGAAAAUCGCCAUGGUUAUGGCUAUGGAUAUGUUAAUGGCUGGUGUUGAUACGACUUCUUCAACAUUCACCGGUCUCCUCUUGUGUUUGGCUAAAAAUCCCGAAAAACAAGCCAAGCUACGUGAAGAAAUCAUGCAGCUGCUGCCACAAAAAGAUUCAGUAUUUAGCGAAGCUAGCUUCCAAAAUAUGCCCUAUCUUCGAGCCUGCAUCAAAGAAUCCCUACGCAUAUAUCCCUUGGUAGUGGGCAAUGCACGUGCCCAAGCUAGCGAUGUGGUAUUGAGCGGUUAUCGAGUGCCCAAGGGAACCCUUGUCUCUAUGCCCUCAGUUUCAUUGCUGCGAGAUAACACACAUUAUCCACGAGCUAAUGAAUAUCUACCUGAACGUUGGCUCAGAGCCACAAAAGAAGCUGCUCAAGGUCCAAGUGGUUGUCCCAAUGAGCUGAAAGCAAGCAGUCAUUUUACUUAUUUACCCUUUGGAUUUGGUGCACGUAGCUGUAUUGGUCGUCGUAUUGCUGAAAUGGAAUUGGAAUUGGGUAUAGCUCGUAUUGUGCGUAAUUUCUAUGUGGAAUUCAAUUAUCCCACGGAGAAUGCCUUCAAAAGUGUUUUGAUCAAUGUACCAAAUAUUCCGUUGAAGUUCAAAUUUAGCGAUGUGGAGAAUUGAAAUUUAUAAAUUUAUAUGUAUAUAUAUGAAUAUAUAUUUACAUAUGUAAUAGCGAAGAAGUAUUUUAAAGAAAUAAAACUAUAAUAAUGUUUUUGAAAAUGUAUAUAU